GUUUUGUUUUUUGUUUUUUUGUUUUUUUGAGCCAAAAAUUUCUUGAGGGAUAGAGAAUCAUAGGGCAAAAUAUUCAAACUCAGUCCUCUUUGUGUCUUCAGUGGCGGCAGUUGGGGCGAUCUGUGUAAAAGUUGGAUUCGGCAGAGAGAAGAUAAAGGGAAGAUCGAAUCGAAUGGCGGCAAAGCAAAUGGAAGAGAUACAGAGAAAAUUGGGGAUGCUGAAUUACCCAAGAGCCACCGCACCUGCUCAGUCUCUCCUAUUUGCCGGCAUGGAGCGUUACGCCCUUCUCGAAUGGCUCUUCUUCAAUUUCAUUUUCAUCAACUGAAUUGCAGGUUGUUAGGUGACAAAUCCCCAUUCUCUCAACAAAAUCUACAAGGGGAUGCCAUGGAUCGCGACGAGAACGCCCGCAUCCAAUAUUUAGCAGAGAUUGCAAAGUUUCUGGGUAUUACCACUACUAUUGAUACAGAAGCAAUUCAAGGACGAGGAAGCUAUGAUGAUCGUACUGAAAUGCUUCGACUGAUCGUUGAUCUUGUAGAGGCGAGCAUAUACGCUGAUAACUCUGAAUGGAGUGUUGAUGAGCAGGUGGCAAAGGACAUACAGCUAAUAGAUGCUAUUGCUGAAAAACAAGCUCAAAUUUUCUCAGAAGAGUGCAAGUUGUUCCCUGCAGAUGUGCAGAUUCAAUCCAUAUAUCCAUUGCCGGACAUUUCUGAUUUGGAAAAACAGCUUGCAGACCAAUCAAAUAGACUGUUGAAUCUCCAAGAAAUGGUCGAUGAUUUGGCAUCAAAGCAUGCUUAUAAUCCAGAUGAGGACUAUGUGGAAGUGGAAGCAAAACUGAGGGGGCAUCUUGAAUCUUUCUUAGAAACUGCAAGAUCCUUCAACAUGAUUUACACCAAGGAAAUUCGUCCUUGGACGCACAUGAUGGAGGUACCGCAGCUUCAUGGGUUUGGGCCAGCUGCUAAUCGCUUGUUAGAGGCAUACAAGACGCUCUUGAAGUUUCUAGGGAACUUGAGGAAUCUUCGAGACGCUCAUGCAGCAGUGGCCGUUGGGUCAUCUGAAACGAUUGCUGGUCAGCCCUCGUCUGUCACAAGAAUAAUCUCGGAGUGCGAGUCUGCAUUAACAUUUUUGAAUCGUGAUCUUGGAAUUCUAUCGGCAUCUAUUGCUCGAGAGCAAGGUGGGAAGGUGAAUAUCUGAUUGGACAUAUCAUACAAGCAGAAGGGAACUACCGAAGAAGAUUUCUCUUAUUUUCGGGAUACACUAGAAAUCACAAUUUGUACAAUUUCUAAAAUUAAUGAAUUGACAGAUUUCCUUUAAGAAAAUAUCAUAUGAUAUGAUAUCUGGGUCCAAAACUAAUUGGCUGGUGAGGAACUGCUUGAGAUUUUCAUUUCUUUCUAUUUUUAAGUUAAGAAUAUGAGAUGCUAUUGGUUUUGUUUGACAUGGAUUGGUGUUUUGCAUGCUGGAAUGAUCCAACUGUGAAAAUAUUAAACCA